AUGGCCAGCUUCAAGCUACCUGGCCCUGAGCCUGCGCAGACUCUGGAGGGCCAUGAGGGGGCGGUGCUAUCGCUGUCAUGGACAAAGAAUGGUCAGUACAUCAUGACUGCCUCUCAGGACAAGUCGGUCCGACUCUGGAACCCACACAGCGGGAAACACAUCAAGAAGUUUGCUGGCUGCCAUAAUCAAGAAGUCAAUGAUGUCUUGAUUGCCGACGACAAUAGCAAAUUCGUGUCAUGUGGCUCCGACAAGCUCAUCUUCCAGUGGGAUGUGACUUCUGGACAGGUGGUUCGAAAGUUCACCGGCCAUGAGCGGAAAGUAAAUGCUUUGGCCUUUGGUCCCAAGGAAGAAGUAUUGCUGAGUGCUUCCCAUGACAAGACUGUGCGGAUUUGGGACCUGCGCGCGCGUGGCAAGGGACCCAUCCAGGUCUUGACUGGUGCAGUAGACUCUGUGCUUUGUUUGAUGACGCAUGGUGAUGAGAUCAUCACUGGGAGCGUAGACGGCGGCUUGCGCAGUUACGAUGUACGUCAGGGUCAGCUGGUCACGGACCAGCUGCAGCAGCCUAUUGGCAGCAUCUCUGUGUCGAACGACGGCCAAUGCCUUUUGGUCUCCACCUUGGACAGCCACAUCCAUUUGCUGGAGCACCUAGAUGGCUCCGAGCUGACAUCGUACACCGGACACACCAACAAGCGAGUCAAAGUGCAGAGUGCACUGGAUCCGACGGACUCCUUCAUUGCUAGUGGCUCUGAGGACGGCAAAUUGCAUUUCUGGGAACUGGUCGAAGCUACGCCCUUGGCAGGUGCGCAGCAAGGACAUUCAGCUGCUGUGCUGUGCUUGGCGUUCUUUGAAGAAACCUUGGUUAGUGCUUCUGCAGACGGUGUCAUCAAAGUUUGGCGCCCAUCGAGUGGCUGCUGA